AAACUGCAAACAUCGGGCGGGGAAAAGGGUGGGGGGAGCUUACUGGCCGAGGCUGUCGCAAGUGUCAGCCGGCACGGUUUGUGCGGAGCCACCCGAAGUCCUCGCUGUAGCCGACGGCGCUCUUGCAGCGAGAGAGGCGGUGCGGUGCGCGUCUGCUGAAGACCUGAGAAGGGGAAAGAAUUGCUCACCGGGCCCGCCCGCUACCAGCCGCACUAUGCACCCCUCUGCCCGCCUUGUCUACUACGGCGUCGUUUUCGCUUGGUAUACGUUUUUUUUCUAUGCCUGCUCCUACUUCGUGGCCAACGUGGACGAAUCCCGCAUAGCCGAAGGGAAGUUCAACCCGUUUGUGGGCAGUCAUUGGAAAUACCUGAGUUUUCUCAAUGUGGUUUUGCAGGUUGUUUUCUAUGCAGUCUCCUUGCUGACCAGUGCAUUCAUACUAAUGAAGAAACAAAGAACUGCCACGUUCAUGAUAUCCUUUAAAGACUUGAUCUUUAGUAGCUUGGUUUUUCCAUUAUCCACAUUUGUGUUUGCUACAUUUUGGAGUAUGUACCUGUAUGAUCGGGACCUUCUUUACCCAAAAUAUAUGGAUUCAAUUAUUCCUGGGUGGGUUAAUCAUGGAAUGCACACUUUGAUACUUCCUUUGACCCUGGUAGAAAUGUUUGUUAUCCCUCAUCAGUAUCCAUCAAUGGGUAAAGGCCUCAGCAUUGUAGGAAUGAGUGCACUGGCCUACCUACUUUGGAUCUUCUACUUUUUUGCUAAAACAGGAAAAUGGGUAUAUCCUAUCUUCAAGUUUUUAAGUCCACUUGGCAUGAUAGUGUUUUCAGGGAUUGCUGUUGUCACCGUUCUUUUUAACUACGUGUUAGGAAGAUUUCUCAACCGCAUGAUUUGGGGUGAUGCAGUUCCAGUGCUUGAUGUUCACAAGAAGAAAAGCAAAUGAAAAGCUGGUGGUGUCAUCCCAAGAUCUAGAUGAAACUAAGAAAAUUGCUACAAAAUCUCUCUGUAUAAAGCCAAAAUAAAUUCUUCAGAAUAACAAAUUCUGCUAGCACAGGAACAAAGAUCCAGAAAGUAUUACCAUUGGUUAGAGAAUUCAGAUUGUUAUGUAGGAUGUUCAGAAUUCACUAAGAGACAAAUAUAACACAGAUGACUAACAUAAUUUUGUCAGCCAAGUGCAUAACAAGUGAGGCUAAAUUCUAAUUUUUUAAAUUCAACUACAAUUAUAAAUUUAUUCAGAUACAUUUAUAGCUAUUUUCUUUAUUCAACAUGUGCCGAUAUAAAUGUACUAGACUGUAACUGAACAAAAGUCAGUCACGUAUUUUUUUUAAUGAGAAUUGGCUUUCUGUAAUAUGAAAUCUGAGACUAUAAAAUGCUCAGUGUUAAAUAAUAGAUACAAGAGUCCAGUAAGGCAGCUGAGGCCCACAAAAGUGGCUAGAAUGAAUUAGGAUUAUUUUGAGGAUAAAAUGGAAUAACAUCCGAUCUUCCUCUUGACCUUUUUAGAUGAGCCCAAGCUACAAAUACAAUAAUUUAGAAAUUUGUAUACAGAUUGUACUCACUUAAUGACAGCAAUUAAGAUCGGAAUUUCUAUUGCAAUAAAGCAUGAUGUCAUAGGCUUAGCAAUGGCAAUCCCACCAGUUGCCAUGUUGCUGUCGUUAAGCAAAGACCAUGCGGGCUCCUAAGCGAGAAUCUCGCACAAUCAGGAUUUCUGACUUCCUGCCAGCUCUUCCACUGACUCUGCUUGUGGGAAGACAACUGGGAAGGUUGGAAAUCACACUUGCAUCAUGGGGCAUGGAGGGGCAUAUUUCAACGAUCGGACAUCCUGGCUGGUUGCCAAGCACCCAGAUCACGAUCACCUGAUAGCAGAAGUGCUGUGGCAACCAACACUUUGAGUACCAGUCACUGGGCACCAUCAUACAUUAUAACGGUUUCUGAAUAAGUGGUUAUUGAAUGAGAGUUAUCUGUUAUUCCUUUAAAAACAAUAAACACAUAAAACAA